AUGAAAAUCAUAUAAUGUAUAUAUACACGCACACACCAUCUCCACAGUACGACCAGAAGUGAAUCAGAGAGAAACCCUUUUUUCUGACAAUCGAUAAAAAUGGGCAGGAAAUUCUUCGUCGGCGGCAACUGGAAAUGCAAUGGAACCUCCGAAGAGGUGAAGAAGAUUGUUGGGAUGCUUAAUGCUGGUCAAGUGCCCCCUGAAGAUGUUGUUGAGGUGGUGGUUAGCCCUCCAUUUGUGUUUCUUCCAUUGGUAAAAAGUUCGCUGAGGCCUGAUUUUCACGUUGCGGCACAAAAUUGUUGGGUCAAGAAAGGUGGUGCUUUCACUGGUGAAGUUAGUGCUGAGAUGCUUGUCAAUUUGGGGAUUCCUUGGGUGAUUCUUGGUCAUUCUGAAAGGAGGCAGCUGUUAAAUGAGUCAAAUGAGUUUGUUGGAGAUAAGGUUGCAUAUGCUCUUGCUCAAGGCUUGAAGGUAAUAGCUUGUGUUGGGGAGACUCUUGAGGAGCGAGAAUCUGGAUCUACUAUGGAUGUUGUUGCUGCACAAACUAAAGCAAUUGCAGAACGAGUACCAAGUUGGACUGAUGUUGUUUUGGCCUAUGAGCCUGUUUGGGCCAUUGGAACAGGGAAGGUUGCUUCACCUGCUCAGGCUCAGGAAGUUCAUUGUGGAUUAAGGAAAUGGCUUCAAAUGAAUACCAGCCCUGAAGUUGCUGCGACAACUCGGAUUAUCUAUGGAGGUUCGGUCAACGGUGGUAACUGCAAGGAAUUGUCAGGACAACCUGAUGUUGAUGGUUUUCUGGUUGGUGGCGCUUCUCUUAAGCCUGAAUUUAUCGACAUCAUCAAAUCCGCUGAGGUGAAGAAGAAUGCCUAAGUUUGUUAUCAAUUAUGAAUAGAUAAAAUUUUGAAGUUUUUGCUAGGGAAGGUAUAACAUCCGUUUUAUACCGACACUUUUAAGGAGUUAAACUAUUAUGCCUUCGCUCUUUGGAAAGCACUUGGAAUUGGAUUUCAUGUAUGAAUAAAUUUGACGUACUAUUCUCCUAUGAUCCUUAUCUUAUGCCCAUAAACUGACAUUUUUCUUUU